UGGAAGGAGGUUCCUUGUGGCUGCCGAGCCGCAUCCUGCAUCAUAUGUUAAUGAAGUUAAUGGUGGAGCUCCAGUGACAGCUGGCUGGUGAAGACCAAUCAGAAAGCUCGCAGAUGGAAGGCAGUAUGUUUGAGGCUCUGCAGGCAGGAGGUGUUUGAAGAACCAUGUCAGCUCCUCCAAUGAUGUAAAGAAGGAUCCCUUUCGCUUUAUUCGAUUUUUACCUCCUAAACGGUCGCGAACAUGCACACUGUAACUUAUUACUGCCGGGAAGUUUUUUUUACGAGCAAUGCUUUGGACUUAAGUGUGGAUUUGUUCCAAGUUUUUCUCGCUGCCCGACAGAAUUCAUGAAACCCUAUUCAGAGCGACGGGUUUAUGGACUCGCGUAUUAGCUAAUGAUGUCUAUGGGUUUCAUGCCUGACAGUCUGAAUACCUCAGAUCCCUCCAAAUCGGCCUUUCUAGAGUUUGGCCACGGACACCCGGCGCACCAGCAGCACUCCUCCGGACUGUCUCACAUUUAUCCCGUUCAUGGCUUGCAUGCUGCUGGGCAUUCCCAGCACGAAAGCCCCUUUCCUGGCAGCGCGUCCUAUGGCCGCUCUUUGGGCUACGCCUACCCCGGCGCGGUGAACACUCAUCCCCCGUCUGCAUACAUGUCCUACCAGCACAGCAAUCACAGCAACAGCAGCAGUCUGGCCCACAGCAGAUUAGAGCAGACAGACCGCGAGAAGUCCACGGUGAUCGAGAACAGAGACCUUCGUCUAAAUGGCAAAGGGAAGAAAAUUCGGAAACCUCGGACCAUCUACUCCAGUCUGCAGCUGCAGGCUCUGCACCAGCGCUUCCAGCAGACCCAGUACCUGGCCUUGCCGGAGCGCGCCGACCUGGCGGCCAAACUGGGACUCACCCAGACUCAGGUGAAAAUAUGGUUUCAGAAUAAGCGCUCCAAGUAUAAAAAGAUCAUGAAGCAUGGCAGCGGAUCAGAGGGAGAACAUCUCCACAGCACUAGCUCCAUCUCCCCCUGCUCGCCCGGGUUGCCACAGCUUUGGGAGGUCUCCAUGGCGAACAAAGGAGCCCAAAUGCACCCAAACAAUUACAUGAACAGUUUUGGUCACUGGUAUCCAAACCACCACCCUCAUCAGGACGCGAUGCCCAGGCCUCAGAUGAUGUGAGUGGAUUGUUUUUGGUGUCGUGCGGGCCAGCUGCUCGGGCCUUUAUGAAGGGCACUUCGGGCUACACUGAACUUGCUCUCAAAAGGCCUCUUCUCAGAACUGAUUUGUGUUUAAAUGUGUGUUUAAUGGGACUUUCAUGUAUUUCGUGUGUGUUUUUAACUCAAUUUUCGAUGCAAAAAAGAAAAUCGACCCGGCAUCAAAUAUAUUUUUUAGAUUUGUUCGAAUUCUGGUGCAUGGCCUCAACUGAAAUGUGGACUUUGUUUGUGCCGUUUUAACAAGAGACUCAUGGAUAAAAGCAUUUUUAAAGAAUAUGUUGUGUGCGUGGGUCUACUUUCUUGGGGUUUCAGCUGCAUAGUCCAACAAAUGCUCUGCGCCUUGUGCAAAUAAAUACAAGUUGGAUUGACUUUAUCAUGAAUGAUUUCUUCUGUGACUUUGUUUAGGUUGCUGUUUUAUCAGUGAACUGUCAGAUAUCCCAAGAGACAAACUUGGGAUUUGAUUUUCUUCAUCAAACUGUGAAAGAGACGC